CGAGUUCCGGCUGUUCAGUUCAGCGCAGAGCAAGCAGAGUCCGUGUGGAGCUCAAGAAGGACAGAUUACUGCCAGACGCUCCUGCCUUACAGUGGAAGAAAAUCAUAUUGUUUUAUAACUUCCAUUCCUUUCUGGAUCGUAUUCGGACCUGGAAUGGACGUUAGAGCAACACGAUAGAAUUGCUGUUUAGAUUCUUGCUUAUCAAUUAUUUAUUAUUUGAGACUAUUUAUGUGGAAAAAGACAUUUGUUUACUAACCGUCUAAUGGCGAUAACACCGUUAACCUGAGGAGAACUUAUCAAAGAAAUCUGCUUUAACAAAUUAUUCAACCAGGAAUCGCCCAUUUUCGAAUGACAGAUUUGUGUAUUUGGGGUCUCAGUCUUUCAAGAAAAUUGGUUGACUCAUUGCCUUGAGUGACUUCGUUUUCCCAGAAAUGGUGGGUCACCUACAUUUACAAGCGAUGGAUGAUAGUCUGAAAGGAAAGAAUCGGGAGGGACUGCUUGACAGUCCGGAUUCGGGACUCCCUCCGAGUCCAAGUCCGCCCUUCUAUUCGCUGUCUCCAAGUCUGCUCGAGUCGCGUUCUGGAAGUUGUACGACGCCAGUCGAGAAAGAUGGAUUGUACAAAAAGGAGAGCAAAGAAGGCAAACUGCUGCCGUACAUUCUCCUGAACUCAACGGGAACAGACCAGAGGACACGCAUGUACCCCGUGUUUUUCGGUGAGAGCAUCGAGGUCAACCCCAAACCUGAAACACAGAUCAAGUGUAACACUGAGGUGAGGUACGACUCAGCCAAACACUACCGGGACCAGGUGUAUUGUGCUCCUGUUCCCACGGUGACAUCCUACAGCGAGACCGUUGUUGCCGUGCAGAACUCCACCUGGCGGUGCUACAAGUCUCAGGUGUACCUCGAGCCACGCCAGAGGCCCGUGCACUACCAGAGCACCACCAUUGUGUACCCCAAAACUGCAAAGAACACUUACCGCACCACGCUCAACUACAACGCUACCAGCUCCCGCCGCUGGUUUGUGUCCAGCGUCCAGCUGGAGUCCAGCGAGGAGAGCAGCCCUUGCAUCAUCUACACAGAGGACCUCUAAAUGUGAACCCUGACCGGUCGGGAACCUCGUAGGGCUGUGGAUUGUAGACACAGUUGCUGACAGACAGGAGGACUCCCUGGAAGACAGGUUGAACCGGACUGACACACAGAGAGGAUUCUCAUUUUACAUACUGUAUAUUCUGUAGGAGUGGACGUCAAAGCCCUUAUAGAGCUGUACAAUAUGGUUCAUUAUUUAUCUUACAGGGCAGAGGGCUGCCAGUCCUUUCCUUCUCUCUUGUACAGGAACACAUCCUCUGACAGUUGACCAUGACUAUAUAAGGGUUAAUGAUAUCAUGGAACACAUCCUCUGACAGUUGACCAUGACUAUAUAAGGGUUUAUGGUAUCAUGGAGCACAUCCUCUGACAGUUGACCAUGACUAUAAAAGGGUUUAUGGUAUCAUGGAACACAUCCUCUGACAGUUGACCAUGACUAUAUAAGGGUUUAUGGUAUCAUGGAACACAUCCUCUGACAGUUGACCAUGACUAUAUAAGGGUUUAUGGUAUCAUGGAGCACAUCCUCUGACAGUUGACCAUGACUAUAUAAGGGUUAAUGAUAUCAUGGAACACAUCCUCUGACAGUUGACCAUGACUAUAUAAGGGUUAAUGAUAUCAUGGAGCACAUCCUCUGACAGUUGAACAUUACUAUAUAAGGGUUUAUGGUAUCAUGGAACACAUCUGACUGUUGACCAUGACUAUACAAGGGUUAAUGGUAUCAUGGAGCACUUUUUUGUUGGUUUAUAUGAAUGCUUUACAGCAAUGGACACAUCAAUGAAUGCUCAAAUGUGGAAAAUGUGUGUAUACACUCAGAAACACUCAUGCAAAGCAGUCUGAUGAUUCAGUUGCACUUUUAAAUGUGCAUAUAUGAUGUGGGAAAUUAUGGAAGCAGAAAUUAGAUAUUUGAAAUAUUGGACCAAAGAUUUUGUAACAAAGAUUUUACCCAAGUAUUGAGUGUCACGUGGGAUUCCUGCAUUAGAGCUACAUCCCAAUUCUAUAUCUCUCAUCACAAUCAGUGUCUUGAGCUUGACGUGAGAACAUCAUUGACAUCUCUGAAAAGACCUGCAGGGAUAUCAAACUGCUCUAUCUGGCUCUGGCGCAUGACAUAAAAUUGAGAAUCUUGUCUGAUAAAGGUAAAAUCACAUUCUCCAGUUUUCUAAAGCACAUCAGAAAGUGAGUUUGACAAGUGAAGUUAUUUAGCAGACUGACAGUCAAGGUUUUUGUUAAAUAAUGCCUGCCUCUGGUGAAGGAGAUACUUGUUUUUUUCAGCCAUAACUUGAAGCAUGUCAGAUAGCCUGCCUUGUAUACAGAGUGGGAGAAGAGCUGAUCAGUUCAUCCUGUAACUUCUUGGACAAACCUGAUAAACAUUCUGUCUGCUGUUGGACAUGGUAGAGUUCUUUGUGAUCUGUGAUCUUUAUAAGGCCCUCCCUAAACAUUUGGGGGUCCUAAGCGAGUUCCUGCGAUACUACACAUUUUGUAAUGGGGCAAGGAAAAACAUUUGCGGUUUUAAAGCAGGUUUCCUGCAAUCAUACACACUCUAGUAUGGGGCACAGAGAAAUUGUUGGAAACUUGUUAAUUAAUGCAAUUCUACUCAUGUUGCCAUGGGCGGAGAUAAUCAAUGUGCAUUUUCAAAGCUAAAUUCUAAAAAUGAAUUUGUACUCAUUUUACCAUGGAGCGGAGAAUCUUUUGUGGUGUUGAGAAGUUUAUUUCCAGAAUUUCAACACAUUCCCCUGACAUACGCCACAUUAACAUGAUAUCUGAGAAUGACUGAAAACAUCACUGCUGCACCCUUAAUCUCAGGCUCACAGCACUUUGUGCCCGGUUGGUGUUCAGCCAUGAUUACUACAAGUUUAGAUAGCUGGUUAAACACACUACCAGUUGUUAGACUGCUGACCAAUCAAUGAGUAUUUCAGCCCUUCAUGACUGACUUCAAAGAAACUGCUGAUUCACAACCAACAUUUGAAAUGGCACCUGGGGCACUGUAGUGUUAUUAUUGAAAAUAGCAAGACACCAACUGAGUUCCUUAAAUAUAAAUACAGUAAUAUACAUUUAGUUUUGGGGCGGGGGGCAUCUAGCUGUCCCUUAUGGAACUUCUGUCUGGAGUCUGCUCAGGAUGUCCAGGUUGCUGGUCAGACUGAUGAACACCACAACAACAAAUCCCGAAGUGCUUCUUUCUCCAGCACAAUGUUGUAAUAUGCAGGAUAGCAAAAUGGCUGGCUUGGAUUUAUUCACAGCGGUCAAGAAAUCUAGGAAAAUAAUGCAGAUGAAACACAGAUUGUUAUUUGUAUUAACAUGCUCCCCAACCUGUUCUGUAUGUCUUCUAUAUACUGUAUGUAGGGAUAUGGAUUAUGCAACCUAGUAAAUAUUGAACCUUGUAUCAUUAAUCCAGAUCUUACCUCAGUUGAUUUUAUAUAUGUACUCAAUUUCUUUAAAGGUGUAUUCGCUACUUUUAAGAGACAUUUUGAGCUACUUUUGUAAUGAAAAAUGCAGUUAAUGUAGGUAUAGAAAAUUUACAAGGGAAAGGUAUGUUUUAUACACUUAAGAAAAUGGACAAAAGAAAGUGAAGAAAAGCUGUGUAGUUUUAUCAGGGUGUUUUGAGUAUUGAGGGGUACUGUAACUGGUAAAACAACUUAUCACACAGAGAGCGUUUGAAAUGUAGGUAUUAUAGUGGCUUGCACUGAAAGAGACAGUUCAGUGGAAAGACUGUAGAGGGUUUCUGUGAUGUUCAGAAGAGAGUAAUGAUAUGUUUAUAAUAAGUCUAGGAUUUACAACAUAUUUGGCUGUUUUGUGUAAUAUAC